AUGAACGGGGGAGUUGUGGAAGCACCCGUCUGGUCGGCUCCAGAGCAAGAAGUCGGCGAUAAAACAGUCUUCAGUCGGUUGUUGCACUUCGGUACCAUCUUCGCAUUCUCCACUAUCACCAUGGUAAUCCACGUUCCUAGAUGAAUGCGUCAAACCAACGUUCCCGUGCAGAUCGGAGCGGUGACCACCUACUUCGCCCUCCAAUGGCUCCCCGUCAACUCUUUUGUCGGCCUUCUCAACAUGCUAGUUUUUCUUUCGUGGAACUAUUUAACGAUGGGAAAUCUUUUCAACUCCUCCUUCUUCGGCCCCGGAUACGUGCCACGUGGAUGGAGGCCGAAAAAUUUUGCAGACGAGAAGAAACUGCAGUUCUGUGCUCCGUGCAACGGAUUCAAAGUUCCCCGUUCUCAUCACUGUUCGAAAUGUAAUAGGUGCUGCAUGAAGAUGGAUCACCACUGUCGUCAGUUGAUCUGAAACCGUUUCGGACCUUCCUCAAAAGUUUUCAGCUUGGAUCAACAACUGUGUCGGCCAUCGCAACCACCACUACUUCAUCCGGUUCCUCUUCUACUCCAUCGUCGGAUGCAUUCAUGCCUGCGUCAUCGACAUCACCUCUCUUUAUCACGCAUUCUUUGCUGGAUGGUACCAGCGGUACGGAGAUGGAACUGAGCCGAUCAUCUUCCUGACUCCCGUCUCUUUUGUCGCACUUCUGAUGGCGAUUGCAAUGGCCGCAGCAGUCGCAAUCGCACUUUCCGUCCUUCUGUUCACGCAGAUCCGUUACGUUGUUCGGAAUCGAACUGGAAUUGAGGAGUACAUACGUGAGUGGCUGGUUGACAACUUCUUUUAGUCAAUCCGUUGUUCGUUCUAGAUGGAAAAGCGAUAAAUUUGCGUAAACCAAAUGAAGAUGAUGACGAGGAAGAAACCGCAUGGAUCCAAAGUUUGGGAGAGUGGAAGUACCCGUACGAUCUCGGAUGGCGUCGUAAUAUGCGAGAAGUGCUCAUCGGACUGUUCGACGGACGAACGAAAGGGAACGGCACUUGGUGGCCGGUGAUCGAAGGUUGCUCUCAGUUCACUUUCACGGUAGAAUUUCAGACAAAAGCACUCGGAAACUCCCCUUUAUUUUCAGACCGAGCAGUUGAUCCAAAAGGAAUCGAAGCGCGGCCGAGCUCGAAUCGUCACCAUAAAAAGUGAUUUUGACGGAAAGUGCGGAUCUUCCUUCAAAUACGGCUGUAAACUCUGGAUGAAGCAGCCGAUAAUCGACGGAAAGUGCCUGAAAGUGUCGGCCGGAGAGACCAUCAUCGCAACACGUGCAAUCAGCGGAUGGGCGUACGGAUUCAGAGGAGAAGAACCACGCAACAAAGGGUGGUUCCCGAUUGAAGUGACGAAUUUGAGAAAAAGAGGAGAUCCGGAGACGACGGAAGAGACGGAGACAACCGAAGGAGAGAGGACGGACGAUGCGAUCACGUCGGAAGACACUCGGACGUCCGAAGAAGAGAAGAAGGAGCAGUGA